GUUGACAAAAAAUAAAACAUGUUGUUUUUAUGUGCAUCUUUUAUUACAACGUGGAAUCAUAUGAGUACAUAAAAAGAUUACUUCAAAAAAUUUAAUAAAAUGAUGGGCUAAAACAAUGACUCGUUUCCUCAUAAAUUCUUGUAUUAUAUAGUACUUCCGACGAAAAUUGCUCGUAUAUUUCGGUUUGAUUCAGACCGGUUGAAUGAAAUUGAAUCGGUUUGGUCGUUAAAGUUGCGCUUGUGUGAGAGCUUUGAGCUGGGGGAAAAGAACGAUUCAGGUUGAGAGACGAUGUUGAUGAUAAGGAGUGCCAAAGCUUUGAGAUUUGUUCGGCCUCUUCUCCUGGAGACAGGUACCCUGAGAACUUCUCUAUUCCACAGCCCUUGCGAGUCCUCGUGUUUCGUCUGCGAACGUGGCUUUUCUAGCGAUAGAAAUCUCUGUUAUAGAGAGAGAUUGAGUAGUGGGAUUGUUGGUAUCAAGAAAGAUGAUGCUGUUGCCCUCUUUCAAACGAUGAUUGAGUCUCGUCCUCGUCCUACGGUCAUAGAUUUCAAUAGAUUGUUUACUGCAUUGGCCAGAACAAAACAGUAUGACCUCGUGUUAGCUCUCUGCAAGCAAAUGGAAUUGCAAGGGAUUGCACAUAACAUCUACACUCUGAGUAUUGUCAUCAAUUGCUUCUGCAGGAGUCGUAAACUCGGUUUUGCCUUUUCUGCUAUGGGAAAGAUUUUGAAACUUGGGUACGAGCCUGACACAGUCACAUUCUCGACUUUGAUAAACGGUCUAUGUCUCGUGGGUCGAGUUUCUGAAGCUGUGGAUUUAGUUGAUCGUUUGGUGGGAAUGAAGGUUAUUCCGAAUCUCAUCAUACUUAACACUCUUGUCAAUGGACUUUGUCUCAAAGGUAGAGUGUCUGAAGCAGUGGCUUUGAUACAUCGAAUGUUGGCUAAUGGAUGUCAACCUGACGCAUUUACAUAUGGUCCGAUUUGAACAGAAUGUGCAAGUCCGGUAAACACUUCCUCGGCCUUAGAUCUGAUCAGAAAGAUGGAACAUAGAAAGGUCAAGCUCAAUGCUGCCAUAUACAAUAUCAUCAUUGACAGUCUUUGCAAAGAUGGGAGCCUCGACUAUGCACUCAGCCUUUUCAAUGAAAUGGCAACCAAAGGGAUCAAAGCAGAUGUCUUUACCUACAACUCUCUCAUAGGAGGCUUCUGUAGUACUGGUAGAUGGGAUGACGGCACACAGUUGCUGAGGGAUAUGAUUACAAGUGAAAUCACCCCUAACAUCGUCACUUUCAGUGUGUUGAUUGAUAGUUUUGUGAAAGUGGGAAAACUUACUGAGGCUAAAGAAUUGUACAAUGAGAUGAUUGCAAGAGGCAUAGAUCUUGAUACCAUUACAUGUACUUCUUUGAUAUAUGGGUUUUGCAAUGAAAAGCGCUUAGACGAAGCCAACCAGAUGAUGGAACUGAUGGUUACCAAGGGAUGCGAUCCGAAUAUCGUGACGUUUAAUACUCUAAUAAACGGAUAUUGUAAGGCUAGGGUUGAUGAAGGUAUGAGACUUUUCCUCAAAAUGUCUCUGAGAGGUGUGGUUGCCGAUACAGUGACUUAUAGCACUCUCUUCCAAGGGUUUUGUCAAUCAGGGCAACUUAAUGUGGCCAAGGAACUCUUCCAAGAGAUGGUUUCUGAAGGUGUUCAUCCUAGUAUUAUGACUUACGGUAUUUUGCUGGAUGGGUUGUGUGACAAUGGCGAACUAGAAGAGGCUUUGGGAAUACUUGAUAAAAUGCACGAGACUAAGAUUGAUCCUGGUAUUUGUAUAUAUAAUAUCAUCAUUCACGGGAUGUGCAAUUCAAGUAAGGUAGAUGAUGCUUGGGAUCUAUUCUGUAGCCUCAAUUUCAAAGGAGCGAAGCCUGAUGUCAAAACAUACAAUAUAAUGAUUGGGGGAUUAUGUAGGAAGGGUUCACUGUCCGAAGCGGAUGCAUUGUUUAGAAAAAUGAAACAAGAUGGGUAUGAGCCAGAUGGUUGUACAUGGAACACACUAAUCCGAGCUCAUCUCCGAGGUGGUGACAUAACCACUUCAGUUCAACUUAUAGAAGAAAUGAAGAGUUGUGGGUUCUCUUCAGAUGCUUCCACCGUAAAGAUUGUUAUGGAUAUGCUAUCGAGUGGUGAAUUGAACAAAAGCUUUCUAGAGAUGCUUUCUGGUCCUUCUAGAGACAAAUCAGCAUCGUUGGUUUGAAAUGAAUCUUCUUUUCGAGACAAAAUCACCAAGAUUCUGGCUCUGUCUUGCUGCUCUCUGCUGUUGAUGUGUGUUGGAGGAAUGCCUGCUUCUGAGCCUUUCUUCUCUGCGGAUCUCUUGUUUUUUUUUUUUGUCAUUUUCAGUCACAUUAUAUGUUUUAGUUAAUGUUUGGAUAAGUGAGUUGAAUUUAGACAUUUACUGUUCCCUUACCAACCUUGAGUUGACUUCGUAUUGAUACUUAGUUUUAGUUAUUUGAUUGCUCUUUUGAUCUUCUAAGGAAGGUUCUUAGCAUCUGUGGAUUACUGAUGAUUUUAGAACUACUUCAUAAUAAGCCACUCUUUUGGGCAUGAUCUUUCACUUCCCAAGUGGCUCUCUUAAGAACUGCCUAAUAGCUAGGUAUAAAUCUAUAGAUAAGGUAGAAUUUUUUUGUCAAGAUCAUCUACAACUUUUCUUAUGUUCACUCUAGUGAAAAACCUUAUGUAGUAAAAGAGUUGUGAUUGCCUUAAAGUAGCGCAAAUCUUCUGUGAUUGGUGUAUUCAUCUUGCUGUUAUUUCUUAAUCUAAGAUUCACCUAACCAUAUCAUUCCUUCUGCUUAUUAAUUCUCUUUUGCUCCCAUUAAGUGUUAUCUUAUUUUUUUGGCGGCGGGUUAUGAAUUGCAGUCUUGCUGCUCUCUGCUGUUGCUGUGUGUUGGAGGAAUGUUUCUUCUGAGAGUGCCCUUCCUUCUCUCCGGAUCUCUUGUUUUCACCAUUUACAGUCGCAUCAUAUGUUCAAUCUAAGACAUGCUUAUAGCUCUCUGUCUUAUGUACUGUUAAUGUUUCAUUGUCUGAUAGUGCCCAUGUUUGAGAGCGGACUAGUCUACAGCAUGGAUGAAAAAAACAGGUUUCUUGUGCAUCUUCUUUGUAAUUUAUAUGAAGAGAGAGAGAGAGAGAGAGAGAGAGAGAGAGAGAGAGAGAGCUUAUGAAAACCAACGGUAUACACCUUCUCCCAUCAAACGGGGUCUAUCAGUACUCUGAUACUCAGAAAAAUCUACAUGUUUGGUAAACUUGAAACUUUUUGUAGAUAAAGAUUUAUUUGAAUAUCUUACAUCUUUGUACAGCUAACUGUCUUUAGAUUCCCAAGUUCAAUAAAAACAAAAAACUCUGUAGUAACAGAGAUCAGAAACAAAGUACAAUGUAACUAAAAGAAAAAGGCUUGGAGUUUCAAAACAGAAUCCCUUCUCGUCUGAAAACGAAAGUACAAGAGCUAACGAACGACAUGAAAAAGCUUCAAACAAAACCAACACGGAGA